ACGACAUUGCCAAAACCCAGCGUCGUGCAGCCCCCUACAAGCUUGUUCUAAAGGGAGAAGAAGGAAGCCAAGGUUGACGGGAUCGAUGGCCGUCGCGAGGAGGACGAUGAGGCUCGCCGUGCCGGUGCUCGUGGCGGCGCUGCUGCUUCUGGCGGUCCUCGGCGAGGCGGCGCGGCCGCUGGGCGGCGCCGACUGGGCGGCCGCCGGAGGGACCCCGCUGCCGGGCGCGUCGGCGACCAUGGCCCAGGCGCUCCGGCGGCUGUACACGCAGCGGCUGGGCGGGCCAGGCGCCUCCUGCACCACCAACAGCCCCAACGUCCCCUGCCCGCCGUAGAGGCCGAGGCCGGGCGGCGAGACCCGGCCGUCCUCCACGACCACCCCCUCCCUCCCUCCUCUCUCGGGUUCAAGCUUGUUUUUGACGGACCAGCCCGGGCGGCGAUGGCGGGCUCACAGUGUGCGCAUGUUCUUUUUCCCUAGCUAGCUAGGCCGGCCGACUAGCCGCCGGCGGUCGACAUGGUUUGAUUGGUUGAAUUCGUUGGUUGGUUUCUUGGAGAUUUUUUCGUUGCCCGCGCGUGGUUUUCGCUUUCGCCGGGUGUUGAUUUGUACAGAAGAAAACAUACUCGUAUACUUGGUAGGAUCUUUUUGUUUUUGAAUAAAACAUAGGCAAGCUGCGAAAGUGUACCAGCAACACAUGUAUAUACCUUUCUCUAUAAAGUGAUACAUAUUAUA